UGCGUUUCAGUUUUUUAUCUUUACACUUGAUUUAUUUUGGGGUCAAUAAUUAGAAGCAAACUCGAUGUUUUGUCUCUGAAAAAAAUUAUGGUGAAUUCAACUUUAUCUUAUUUCAUUCUUGGAGCUUAUAUGCAUGUUGGAGGUUUGAAAUAUUUCUGUUUCAUGUUGACUGCGAUGUUAUACGUUGUUAUCAUUACUGCCAACACAUCACUCACUGUGGUUAUCUGUAUGAACAGAAGCUUACAUGAACCUAUGUACCUUUUUCUGUGCAGCCUGUUUAUAAAUGAACUGUAUGGUAGUACAGGGUUCUUCCCAUUCCUUCUGGUUCAGAUCCUCUCUGAUAUUCACACUGUUUCUGCUUCUCUCUGCUUCCUGCAGAUUUUCUGUUUGUAUACGUAUGCAAAUAUACAGUUUAGUAAUUUAGCCAUCAUGUCUUAUGACAGAUAUCUUGCUAUCUGUUGUCCUCUACAAUAUAACACACGGAUGACGUCUAACAGGUCAGUCAUCUUUAUUAUUGUGAUAUGGUUGUACUCAUUUGUGAAAUUUCUUAUUACUUUAUCCUUAAACAUCCGUUUGACAUUGUGUGGAAACAUCAUAAACAGUUUGUAUUGCAAUAACUACUUUAUUGUUAAGCUGGCAUGUUCUGACACCAAAGUCAAUAACAUUUAUGGGCUUUUUGACACUUUUCUCUCCGUCGUAGUCCCUCUGUUUCCAAUCCUUUUCUCUUAUAUGAAAAUUCUUAAAGUUUGUUUUUCUGGUUCUGAACAGACCAGACAGAAAGCCGUCAGUACCUGCACACCUCACCUCGCUUCCCUCCUUAACUUUUCUUUUGCAUGUUUGUUUGCAACACUUCAGAGUAGAUUUGAUGUGAGCAGUGUUUCCAGUGUGCUGAGAAUCAUUGUGUUGGUUUAUCUGCUGAUCAUUCCACUUCUGAAUCCUAUCAUGUAUGGACUGCAAACGUCAAAAAUACGAAAUCUGUUCUGUUCUAAAAUGUUGGCCGCUCAUAGAGAUACUAUGUAGAUGUGAUGAGAAAAGAGUCAGUAAAUCAUUCAUUUGUAACACUUUGCAUUGAAACAUUUAGAGAUUUGAAAAGUACUGACAGUGUCUCACUGCCAAUGAAUAAUGUAGAUUGUGAUGUAUUGAAAUAAAGUUCCAGUAAUUAAU